UACAGGUAGUUAAAGAAAACGAUUGGAACCAAUAUUAGCUUCAUCUAAACUCGAUGUUCAUUUCAUUUUUCAAUAUUCACGAAGAUUGCUUUGAAGAAGGUGUGUGAUAGUUUCUUCAAUGAAACAGCCUCAUGAAAUUUAAAUAAACUUUAAUGGAAUUAAACAAACGUUUUUCAAUGAUGUGUACUUGAAGAAUCAAUGGCCUUCGAGCAACUCUGCGAAUAAUAUCAGGAUAUAGCGGUGCAGCCUGCAAUGUCAAAGAGAACCUGCGGAUAACGAUAUAGUUUACAAUAGUGCAUACAAUAAAUCAGAUUGAUUGAAGAUCCUGUGUGUUCUGUGAUAUAUUAAUAAGUAUAUAGAUAAUGUUUGUCACUGUGAGAUAUGGAGAGGAUGAGAGACGGAUCUUCAACAUCAACUGUCGUAACGAGGUGCUGCUACAUCAGAUAAAGAAACGCUGCAAGUUGGAAAGAGAUGAGGUUAUCGAGCUCUCGGACGAGACUGGGGUAGUGAAGAAUCUACGACAGAAUAUGGACGAGUACGGCGUAGACUUUCUCAAGGAGCGAGAGACCGUCAUUCUGCUUAGGGUCGAAACAACUAUUCUGGAACAGCCACCGGCGUUGCCGACAAGUACUGAGGAGGAUUUUUUGGAACCGCCACCGGACAAGACAGUCUUCAUCCCCAUGUUGGCCGCGUUUUCGGAAAACCAGGACUUCAUAGACGCAUUGAAUCCAAAGGACCGCGGUAGCAGGGAUUCCCUUAUAGACGACGUGGACGGGAAGGGAAGGAAGGGCAAGGCCAAGGAUAAGAAGAAAGAUAAGAAACCCAAGCCCCCACCCCCGGUGAAAAAGUGAGGCCGGUUCGGGGAGGGAGACAAUCGAGAAACGCAAUAUGACAUAAUUUUAGUCCAGUGAUAUAUUUUUAGAUUCUUAUCCACCCACUCCUGUUCGAAAUCCCCGUAGAAAUGGAAUAGUUGAUGAAAAAAUCGCCAGAAGUUGUCGAAAAUCAGGGAAAUGGCACUGAAACUUAAACGCGUUUAACAUGUUGCUUCAUGCUCUUUUCUGACUUCUUUAAAUUCAAAAUCCGGAUAAGAAUCUAAAAAUAUAUUUUCUAUGGCCAUAAGUGAAGGAGGUUCGUUUUCUUCAACUGAUCUCACAUUUGGGAUAUGUUUGUUAUGGACACAAUAAUAAUUCGUGUCUGUGUGCUCUCACUAGUGUAUAAUAGCUUGGGCAUGACAAUAAAUGGAAAACAAUUA